UCUAGGCACCAAGCUAGAGCAAGAUGGCGAUUGCCGUGUUGAAUGCUUUGGAUACUGCUCGAACACAAUGGUACCACAUGACGGCCAUUGUCAUUGCCGGAAUGGGCUUCUUCACCGACGCCUAUGACCUCUUCUGCAUAUCCACCGUUUCAAAACUCCUCGGCCGACUGUACUAUUAUGACCCCAGUACCGGAAAGCCCGGAAAGCUCCCCGUAAGCGUCAACAACUUGGUGACCGGAGUUGCCCUAGUCGGAACCCUAUCGGGCCAACUAUUCUUUGGCUACCUUGGAGACAAGCUUGGCCGCAAGAAAGUGUACGGCAUCACCCUCAUCAUGAUGGUCAUCUGCGCCAUUUGCUCCGGCCUAUCCUUCGGGUCUACAGCGGGUUCCGUGAUGACAACCCUUUGUUUCUUUAGGUUUUGGCUUGGUUUUGGCAUCGGAGGAGAUUAUCCCCUCUCCGCCACCAUCAUGUCGGAAUAUGCCAACAAAUCAACACGUGGUGCUUUUAUAGCGGCCGUGUUUGCCAUGCAAGGAGUAGGGAUUAUCUUUGCGGGUUUGGUUUCCAUGACACUCUCAGCACUCUUCCUCCACUACUGCGACGCUCCUGCAUUCAAAACAAAACCCCCUGUAGAGUAUUCUGACGUGUUCUCCACGCAGCCGGAGGCCGACUACAUGUGGAGGAUUGUACUAAUGAUCGGGGCUUUGCCUGCUAUUGUCACGUUUUACUGGAGGAUGAAAAUGCCGGAAACGGCGCGUUACACGGCGUUGAUCGAAGGCAACGCCAAGCAAGCAGCGACUGACAUGGGUCAGGUCCUGGAGAUUGAAAUCCAAGCCGAACAGGACAAGGUGGCGCAGUUCAAAGCAGCAAACGAGUACACUUUGCUCUCCGGAGAGUUCUUAAGGCGGCACGGGAAGCAUCUCAUCGGAACAACGACUACUUGGUUCUUGUUGGACAUUGCAUUCUACAGCCAAAACCUUACUCAGAAGGAUAUCUUCCCUCUUAUGGGUCUCACUGACAAAGCUGAAAAUGUCAAUGCUCUUAUGGAAGUCUUCCAAACCUCCAAAGCCAUGUUUAUAGUUGCAAUGUUCGGAACUUUUCCGGGUUACUGGGUCACCGUCCUCCUCAUUGAGAAGCUCGGACGGUUCAAAAUCCAACUCAUCGGGUUUUUUAUGAUGUCCUUGUUCAUGUUCAUCAUAGGGGUCAAGUAUGUUGAACUCAAGGGCCACAAGUACUGGUUUGCCAUUCUAUACGGUUUGACAUUUUUCUUCGCCAACUUUGGCCCCAACAGCACCACGUUUGUGCUUCCCGCCGAGCUGUUCCCUACCCGGGUGAGGUCCACGUGUCACGCGAUAAGCGCGGCGUGCGGGAAGGCAGGUGCGAUGGUUGGUGCAUUUGGGGUGCAAACCUAUACUUUGGAUGCAAACCAGAACAAAAUUAGGAAGGCUAUGUUGUUCCUGGCGUUCAGCAACAUGUUAGGGUUUUUCUUCACGUUCUUGGUCACCGAGACCAAAGGCAGGUCCUUGGAGGAGAUCUCUGGAGAGGAUGGCGGCAAUGGUAGCAAUGGCGUCACCGGAAGCCAAUAUGAAGCACAAAUGACCCCUAAACCGGUGACCAGCUAGGUAGGGAAGGGUUUUAGUAUUUUCUAUAUUAGGGUAA